UACAGCUAGGAUAUAUUUGGACAGAAUUGUCAACUCAGUUUUGUUUUGUCGUGGAAGUUUUUACAGUUAUUAGACUCAAAUGUAUUCUUUACUUAAACUAUCAGAUGCAGAAUUAAGUAAUAUAAAGGAAACAACAUCUGGCUAUGCACUCUUUACCGAAAUGGUUGUUCGCCAACGUUUAACUUGACUGUGCACUUCCACGUGCAGUUAGCUUACUAAAUUUACGAGUGGUGGUAAAAACGGAACAAUAUUGGUUCACCCAAAGCUCUGCUUAAGUGCUGAAGUGAAUACCGGUAGUCAUGAUUCGGCUGCUGGGGGCGGACUGCUGCAUCUCUGCAGAGGGGUUAAUAAAACCAAAGCACGCCGCGAAGUGAAGCUGCCUGACAUGGGACAGACCGCUCGCUCAGUUGGGAUAAAGCAGUGCAGUAGAAAGCGUCCUCUUGGAGCCUGGAAACUCCCAGAUGGCUCUAACACAAGGACAGCUCCAGACGACAAAAAAGGAAAGGAUCAAUAAGGAAACCGGCGAACUUAGUGCUUCAGGAGAGUUAUCUGUCUCUGUGGAGUUGAAGGGGGACAAAGUGGAGGGCUCUUGCCUCAACCAUCAACUCCCACAAGUGCUCAGAGAACAGCUGCAGGAGCUGGGGAUUCACACGUGCUCAGGCCCUGACCACAUAGCUGACGAUGUCCCUUUGGAACAGAGAGAGGAGCAUCUAGUCAAGGUCCUCCCUCUUUACAUACAGAUCUGUGAGGAGGGAGGAAGACUUGAAGGUCUGAACAUAAAGGGGCUUGCAGGUCUCACUGCAGACACCGUCAUCCAGAACAUACACAGCAGACUGACAGGAAGGCCUGCUGAGGGAGCUCGUGGAGAGAUAGUGCAAUUCUUCCAGAGGCAGCAGACUCAGGAAGCAAACAGUGAAGUGAAAGACAACCAUGGAUGGCUGCUGUUAAAGUCUCUACUCUUGCUGACAGCUGACAGUUCAGAAAUAUUGUCAUGUAUAAACCCGGGGCUUCCUGCUGCUUUGGUGAAAUGUCUGUACCUGUUCGUGUGUCUUCCCUCUGUAAAGGGGAACCUGGCUGUAGAAGAGACAUUUCAGGAGCCACUAACACAGGUUCUGCUCCAGCUCUGCAGGCAGCCGGUAAACGUGGAGAGUCUGGUGGAAACUCAGGAGCUGCAAUGUCUCAUCAUCGGCCUCACAUCACUAUGGGACCAAACCAGUGCAGUCUGGAGGCACCAGGCCUCCCGAGUCCUCAAGGCGGUCUCUGCUGUAGCAACAAGCAACACUGUCCCAAACUUGUUAGGGAAAAACUGUGUUCGUAUCAGCAUCCAAAACCUCUUGCACAUUGGUCCUGAAGUCGCGGGGCCACUGCUGGCUGAAGUGGCUGUAGCCGUGUUCAGCUUCAUAAGAGACACCUACACCCUUAAUCCAGCCCUCUUCAUUGAGUUUGACACUAACAACGGCUACACGGCCCUGGAUAAUAUCCUGAAACGGUGCGAGAAAGGUGUGUCUGUGGAUCAGUUCCAGCCUGUGGAGGAGCUCCUAGCCCUCAUUGCUUCCUUCACUUUCUUUGGAAAAAGUGAGCUGAGAGUGGCUCUUUGUGUCACCAACCCUCAACCUCCAGGCUUUAAGUUUGACCCGCCACUCACCAAAGGUUCAGCAGUGAAAAACCUGCAGGCUUUCCGCCUGUUGCACUCCUGCCUGCUGCGCUGUGAGGACUCACUGCUUGGCUGCCAACUUCUUCGAACUGUGCAGACAAUAUGGGAGAGGGACCCUUCUAAUUUCUUCCUUCUGGAGUGGACGGUUCAGUCGAUGGCUCAGCUGGCUUCCUGUGUGUGGCGUAAACCAGCACCUGUCAAAAAAAUGUUUUUUUCCCUUCUGGAGAUGGUGGUAUUUAAGUUGAACUACAUCCCCCAUGAGACCUUGCGGGCUUUGUUGGUCGUGCUGAAGCAGAGCUGGGCUGGGACUCUGGUUGGAGGGCUGUUAGAGAUAGAGUUUGGAGUUGCAGCUCUCACAUGUUUUCACCGGUUGAUGGUGCACAGUGGUAUGCUAGCUGAGGUGCUCAGCGACCGGGGCCUCCUGGAGCUGCUGCUCAGUGAACUUCGAAGGAGAGCCAAAAUCAUCAGGAAGGCUGGAGGAGUUUCUUCUCCACAAAUAAAACCCCAGCGACUGCCCUCUAUUGAGGACACUGAUAAACAGCUCACAGCCUGUAUGCUUCAAGUUGUGUCAACGCUUACUUUGCGUUCAAUCAAAAACACAGUCUCAGUGCGAGACCUUGGUAUGGUCCCCUACAUUAAGAUCUUCCUGGAUGAGGAUCAGUUCCGAGGACCCACUCUGAGCAUUUUGGAGCAGCUAGCUGAGAUCAACCCAGAGGAGUUCAUGAGUACAGCCAUAGGAGCGCUCUGCUCAUCCACACAACAGGAACUUGGGUUGAAGCAGGACCUUUUGCAGUCCGUGUUGAAGGUGCUGGAGAGCCCAAACAGCUGGGAUGCCUUCAGGAGAGCGGGAGGUUUCACUGGACUUCUGUCUCUGGUGAUUGACAUGGAGGGAGCUCUGUCUGACCCUCCUCAAGGAGAAGUAUGGAAGUCCCUGGGACAUCAGCCACUGCUAGAUCUCCUCCUCCUCACUCUCCACAUCCUGGCUUUGGCUGUGCAUCUUCACACAGUAAAUGCACACCAUUUUGAGACUGAUGGCUUUUAUGAAAGGCUGGCUGAGGCUCUGCUCCAGCUGGGCUGCUUUCACAUUGAAAAUCCUGAGAAAGAAAAGUUUGAGGAAGAGGAGAAGACCACAGAGGAAAACCAGUCUCCUGUGAAGAGCUUCUAUGAGUUUGUUGAGUUAGCAGAGACCCCUGAAGCUGCUUCCUCUCCCUCCACAUCUCAGCCCAGUCUGCCUCUCACUCUGCGUACAUGUGUGAGGCUGCUGUCAUAUCUCGACCAGUUUGCCACAGGGACCUACUCUCCGCGAGAGUUAUACUUGGGACUACAAACUCAAGACGAAUAUGAUGGAGAUAAAGACAGACUAAAUGGAUCAGCAGGACAUGAAUCAGUGUAUUCAGCAUCCUCUUCUCUGCACUCAAGAUCAGGUCCACAGAAUUUUGAGGACAUGCAGGGGAGAUCCAGAAACCCAGCACCCAGUAUUUCCACAGUGUGCACAGAGAUGCAGUACAGGUUAACAUGCAAUCAUACUAUACUUCAUCCAGGAGCAAUCCGAGUUAUUAUGACUGUCCUGCCAUCAGUGUUUACACCUGAGGACCCACAGCUUUCUGUGGACGUCCAAUUCUCAUUGGCGCACCACAUCCAGGAAAUGGUCAAAUCUGAGCAAAACCGCCAGAUAAUGUGCGAAGGAGGUCUGGUGUCCACACUCCUGACCCACUGUCCGAGCAUGUUACUGAAUCCAAACCACCCGCUACACCUGCCUGUUACACGUGUUUUUGAGAAGCUCUCAUCCCAGGCUAUCUCACACUCAAACUUUAGAAAGUUCUUGUGUCUCGGGGACCCCCUCAUGUGCUCAGCAGACAAAUCAGUCAUGCAAAUGCAGCAAGAAUGCCAACAGUCUGUCAAAGCUCCUGAUGCAAAUGGCACCAGUACAGAGGCGGAUACAUCUUCAGAAUCUCCAGUAAAGACACUGAAGCGGACCUUCAGCUUGUUACAAUCUUCAUCUCGCUGUGAAUCCUCUGCAGUCCCUGCCCACCAGAUCAUCAGCCUGGUGUCAAUGACAUCUCCACGCACUUUUAGACCUCACAGAGUCUCCUCCUCACCUGCCUUUGUAGAGUUUGACAUGAGUGAAAGUGGUUAUGGCUGCCUCUUCUUGCCGUCUCUGGCCACAGUGAAAGGAGUCACAGCAGAUUCAAUCUCAACAGGUGGAAUUGGAGGAGACUGUCGGGGUUUCCCUCCUGCAGCCGGUCUCUCGUUUUCCUGCUGGUUUCAGAUCAACAGGUUCAGUUCAGCCUGCGACUCACACCCAAUCCGUCUCCUGUCUGUGGUCCGUCACAUGUCCCGGACAGAACAGCAGUACGUGUGUCUAUCCAUCUCCUUCUCAGCCUAUGAUGGCUGUCUGGUCAUUUCCACAGAGGAGGAGACAUUUACAUACCUGGAUAUGAUGGAGCCAGAAGUUUCCACUCCAACGUCUCUUCCUACGUCUCUGAGGUUUCGCUGUUCCAGCAUGCUGAUCCCAGGUCAGUGGCACCAUCUGACUGUGGUUUUGGCCAAGGAGGUAAAGAAGAACUGUCUGGUUACAGCCUACUUCAACAGCAAGGCAGUGGGAACAAGAAAGAUGAGGUAUAUUCAGCCAUUCCCUGGUCAGUACGUCUCCAUGGACCCCACAGCAGUGAUCGACGUGUACGGACUGAUAGGAACUCCAGCUCUCUGGAAGGAACAUGCAGCUUUGGUGUGGAGAAUGGGCCCUUCUUACUUGUUUGAAGAGGCUCUCAGUGCCAAUUCUGUCCGUAUCAUUUUCUCACAAGGCACCACCUACCUGGGAAACUUCCUGGGUCUGCGCAACACAGGUCAUGAUCCUGAUGCAGAGUCUCUCCCUCUCAGGCUGGUUCCUGAGGAGAGAAUUUCAUUUGGCAUCAACCCAGCAGUUUCUACACUAACAACAGUCGCACAGAUCAGGGAGGAUUAUAAUGAAGUGGACUGCAGGCUCAUUGCUAAAGAGAUGGGUAUAACGUCUCGGGAUCAAUCAACACCUGUAUUUCUCGCCCGAAACAUCAGCCAGCACCUCAGUGGUACGGCCCGCACAAUCGGAGCAGCUUUGGUUGGACAUUUUGGCGUGCGUACAUUCAGUCCAAGCAGUGCAUCCAAUGGUUUCCUCUAUGUUGGUGGGCCUGCAGUGAUUCUUAGCCUGGUUGCAAUGGCGCCAAAUGACAGUGCUCUGUAUGCAGCUGUUAAAGUUCUGACUUCUGUGCUGGAGACCAACCCUGCCAUGCAACAGGAAAUGAACCGCAUUAGUGGAUACAAGCUGCUAGCUUUCCUGCUGAAGAUGAAGAGCAGUCUGAUCAGCCACAGAACCUUUCAGCUGGUUUUGUAUCUGUCGAGCUCAGUGGAGUUGAGUUCUGGUUCGGGAUGUCUGCAGAGUACACCUGCUUUCCAGGCCCUGCUGUGUGACCUGGAGGUGUGGCAGAAGACCUCAGAUAGUCUGGACAUUUCAGUUCUGAACCACUUUGCUGAAACCCUCAAAUCCUCAAGUGACAGCACAAAUGCAGCAGUCCUUCACAGUGGUGGUAUCAUGUUAAAGCUUCUAUUCAAGCUUUCUGAUCCCACUGUGACCGUUCAGAUGGUUAACAUCAUUUCAAGUGUCAUUACAUCCCUGUUGAAAGCUCACUUCACUCCAUUGGACAUAAAUAGGCUUGGGCUUUUCCUUGUCUACACACUACCGCCUCUUUGUAACAUUUCAAAGGGUGAUGAAAUAUCUGAAAGUGAUCUUUCCCUGGAUGCUACAGCUCACACAUCUAAUCCUGCUGGCCUUGUCUGGAUCCGAAACCAGAUGUUACUCUCUCUUUGUGAAAUCCUCAGCUCUGACAGCCUAACUGAAGAUCAAAAGGAGGACUUGUUUAAUACUCUGGGAAGUGAUUGGUUCCUGCUCUUCCUUCAGCCGCACCUUCACCCGUCCACUCUGAAACUGGGUUUCGUCCUUCUCACAAACUUCCUGUGGAAUCCCAGUCAGCAGAGCAGCUUCAGAGAGGGGAUCCUCCCUGCGACACUCAUAGAGGGCAUGGAGGAGCCCUCUGCUGUCAUGGACAACCUGCAAGCCCACUCCUGGUCUCAUGAGUGCUCGACUACCUCGUGUCCUGGUUUCGAUGUUCUUCAGGGGCUGCUGAUCAAACACUCUCACCUGCCUCAGGUGUAUGAAGCUCUGGCUGCUCUGCUGCUUGAGAGGAAAGUCAGUCACACUGCAGAAAGUAAUGUGCCUUUGGAUGAUGCUCUGCAGUCCCUGAUCGAAGCCCAAGCAGACAAUCCAGCUCAGCAGCUCUGUGUUGAAGCUGCAAUGAUCCUGCUUGAAUUAGUCAAAGUCAUUGUCACACAGUCUGUUCCUACUACAAAUGACACUUCAGGCACUGAUGCAUCAUGGGAGUUGAAGCUCCCAGCUAGUGUGAUGCAGUUCCUUUGUCUGCUCCACAGCCUUCGUCCAAAGGACCCGCUGUGGGCUUCACCAGAGUUCCUCCAUACACUCGCAGGAGUUGUAUAUCCUGCGGAUGUGUCAAAGGGUGAGGCUAAUCAUCAAGGAAUAAGUGAAGUUGAGGACUCAUUCAGGAGUCAUUCAAACAGAAAGCCGGUGUGUGACUUCAUCCGUAUUCUGCUGAUGGACAGUCUUCUCAAUGUGUCUGCUAACAGCAACACCCAUCCUCUGCUUGUGCUGCUGGAGUUUUCACCUGAUGGUGCAUCGGUGGAGCAGAGGCAGAGUUUCCAGACCGAGCUGCUGGAAUUUAUCAUGGACAUCAUUCUCAUGCUCAGCAAUGAGGGAGAAAACAACACUCACCUCAACUCACAUGACUUCAACAGUCAGACGCCCGAGGGACAGAUGAGCAUGUUGAUGGAGAACAUGGUGCUCUUUAGUAAGACUCUGCUGCAGAAACUUUACAGCGGCAUUUAUGUGGCUGACCCAGAGAAUUUGCUCAACUUCCUGGCAGAUCAGAUUGUGGUGGCUCUGGAGAAAGGCCAAAGUCAGAAGGAGAAGACAGUGUCAGCCCUCUACUCGUGCACAAAUAAAGUCCUGCUUCAUUUCUUGUCACAAUCGCGACAAUCACAUGAAGAAAAGGAAGGGGUCAUCAGGGCGCUGCAGACCUUCAUGGAACGCUGGGAUGUUGUCAUGGCAACCUACAAUUCAAAUGUGAACUUCAUCACAUGCCUUCUUCAUUGUCUGAUUCUGAUACGAUCUGGCAGUUACCCUGAGGGUUUUGGAGUGGUGGUAGAAAAGGUCCACAGCAGGAAAACUUCCUCCCACCUGUUUGGUAUCAAACCCAAACUUUCUGCUCGCCUCAGCAACGGAGCAGACGUUACCACAGGUAUGAGCGCUGAUGACAGAGAGCUAGUAUCCUUAGCAGAGGCCUGCUGGUCAAAGAUCAUGACAGAGAGGCAACACACACUGGAGGAAACCUACAAGAUAGAGAUCUCAGUGAGCCACACAGUGAAGACAGGUCCUGUCAACAUGACUGACAUCAGCCCUCUGUGGGAGGAGACGGCACACAAAGCCUGGCUGCUGUACACAGAGUCUCAGAAGAAGAGGAUGGCGAGCGGUUCCCAGACAAAGUUUGAUGUGAUCAGUAGUGCUGUUCGCUUUGCUAUGGGAAGACAAAACAAAGACUCAGUAACAGCAGAGGAGUUUUUGUCCCUCAUGGAGUCACAUCGACAAAGAGGCCACAGCAUGUUUGAGAGCAUGCGAACAAACCACUUACAGUUACAAGCAAGUGAGUGGGAGCGAGUGAGCUCAAAGUGGCUGCAUGUAGAAGCCGAACUACUGAGGGAGAGAGCUAUAUUCGGACCAGGCCCAGGAGUGCUGCUGAGCCGAGACUGGGUGCAAGAUGCAGCAGAGGGACCCAACCGGACUAGAUCACGCAUCCGCAGAAAAGCUCUGAGGCGGUCGAAACGGGUGCUUGGAUCGCUGUGUCUGAGCCUAAGGACUGGCAUGCCUGAGGACAACAGCAUAACAGAGGCUGAUACAGAGCCAAAAAUCUUGUGUGAAGUUGGAGCAGAGGCUAAAGAGGAUGAAGACGAGGGAGGACUGGAUUGUGACCGUCUGACCUUCUUCCCUGUUCUGAGUGAGACUCCUGCUGUCACAGAGAGUCAACCUGAAUCAUCAACACCCGAGUCGUGCUCUCAAACAUCAGACUGCCCCGGCAUACGCGCCAUCCUGCAGGAGCUGGAUCCCGGAGAGGAGGUAAAGGCUAAGAUGUGUGUGGUGAUGGUGAGCGGUCUCAGAGUGACUGAGGGGGUGCUGCUGUUCGGGAAGGAGAGCCUGCUGCUGUGUGAGGGGUUCACUCUCAGUUCUGCUGGAGAUGUUUGUUGUAGAGAUCACCACCCCAGCAGUGUGAGGGAUUCCUAUAUUUCCAGCAUGCUGAACAAAGAGAAGCCAUCAGUCCAGUGCAGACACUUGCCCUAUGAGAACAUCAAGGAGGCCCGCUUCAUGCGUUUCCUUUUAGAGGAUAAUGCUAUUGAGGUAUUCAUGAAAAAUGGACAUUCAACCUUCCUGGUGUUUGUGAAUCGAGACCAUGUUUCUGCAUAUAAAAGAUUUUGCAUGGUGGUACCUGCACUGAAAGGUAGAGGGGUUGCUGAGGUCAUUGCAAAUGCCAGGAAAACUCCAGUGGUUGAAAAGACAGCUCUGGUUAAAUGGCAGAGAGGAGAAAUAAGUAACUUUGAGUACUUGAUGCAUCUGAACACCAUUGCUGGGAGGACAUACAACGACCUGAUGCAGUACCCAGUCUUCCCCUGGGUGUUAGCGGACUACCAAUCAGAGACACUUGAUCUGUCAAAUCCUGCAACUUUCCGUGACCUCGCUAAGCCAAUGGGAGCUCAGACGGAGAAAAGGAAACAACUGUUCAUUGAGAGAUAUGAAGAAGUAGAGAACACUGAGAGUGAAGAUUUGUCAGCUCCCUGUCACUACUGUACCCACUACUCAUCAGCCAUCAUUGUAGCCUCCUUCCUGGUCAGGAUGGAGCCUUUUUCACACACCUUCCAGACUCUGCAGGGAGGGUUUGAUAUCCCAGAGCGGAUGUUUUACAGUAUGAAAAAGGAGUGGGAGUCAGCCUCCGGAGACAACAUGAGCGACGUCCGAGAGCUGAUCCCAGAGUUCUUUUACUUGCCGGAUUUCCUGCUCAACUCCAACCACAUCCAGCUGGGCUGCAUGGAGGAUGGUACCACUCUGGGAGAUGUGGAGCUUCCUCCGUGGGCUAAAGGUGACCCCCAGGAGUUCAUUAGAGUCCAUCGAGAGGCUUUGGAGAGUGACUACGUGAGCUCCCAUCUCCACCUGUGGAUCGACUUGAUUUUCGGGUACCGGCAACAAGGUCCCGCUGCUGUGGAGAGUGUGAACACGUAUCAUCCUUAUUUCUACGCUCAGAGUGGCAGGAAGGAUGUUAAAGAUCCAGUCAUCAAGAGCACUAUCUUAGGAUAUGUCAGCAACUUUGGCCAGGUUCCCAAACAGCUCUUCAUGAAGCCACAUCCACCUCGCAGUGGCUCUAAGAAAGACGGGUCAUCACCACAACAUCCAACUCCAUUUUUCUUCAAACUGGACAAAAUCAGGACUACGGCACAGCCAUACAAAGAGCUGCAGAGAGGCCCUGUAGGUCAGAUUCUGUGUCUGGAAAAAGAGGUUGUGGUCCUGGAGAGAAACCGCCUCGUCCUGUCAUCCCAAUCAGGCUGCUUCUUCAGCUGGGGCUUCCCUGACAACAGCUGUGCCUUUGGACACUAUUCACCAGAAAAGACCUUUGCUGUGUGUGAGAGUUUGUGUGACUGGGGGGAAACACUGUGCGCUGCUUGCCCCAACCCAUCGACCAUCGUCACUGCAGGAACCAGCGGUGUGGUCUGUGUGUGGGACGUUUUAGUCAACAAGGACAGACUCACUCAGAUGAAGCUCCGACAGCCGUUAUACGGUCACACGGAUUCAGUGACGUGCCUGGCUGUGUCUGAAGUCCACAGUUUGUUAGUCAGCGGCUCACAGGACCUCACCUGCAUCCUGUGGGAUAUGGAGGAACUGAGCUACGUCACCCAGCUAACAGGACACACAAGCAGUGUCUCUGCACUGGCUAUCAAUGAACUCACUGGUGAGAUUGCGUCAUGUGCAGGACCUGUGCUCUACCUGUGGACCAUGAAAGGUCAACUGUUGGCCUGUACUGACACUUCCUGCGGGCCUCGACCAGACAUCCUGUGUGUCAGCUUCACACAGCGGCAAGAGUGGGAUGCCAGGAAUGUCAUCGUCGCCGGCUGUGCAGACGGCAUCAUACGGAUAUGGAAGACGGAGUACACAAGAACACAAUUACCUGGCCCUCCAGAAGUGCCUGUGUCCCCAGGGCAAGAGCAAGCAGAGAGAGACGUGAGCAGCUCGGGCCACGUUAAAGGCUGGGAGAGACAUCUGGUGCUGUUUCAAGAGCUGAACAGAAGUCAGGCUGGGGCACAGCGGCGUUACAAGAAUAAUCCAGCCAUCACAGCCCUGGCAAUGUCAAGGAGCCAUGCCACACUGUUGGCGGGCGAUGCCUGGGGCCGGGUUUUCAACUGGACCUGUGAGUGAGAGGUGGCAGACAUUGAGCACACCUAUGCCCCCGAUCUCUGUCUAUUCACUGGCUUAAUCCUCCCACAGAGACUGACAGGAAAUCCAUCAGUGCCUCAGGUCUGAUCCCAGCUGAGCACUGAGACCUGCUGUGUGUGUCACUUCAGGUCUGUGUGCAGCCAGUCCGACAGAAGUGUGUUACAAUAAGUCGGUACAGUCAAUUCUCAGAUGGUAGAGAAUAUUUUACCUCUGACAGAAAUAUUUAAUUCUGUAUUUUUCUUUGUAAAUAAUGAAUGAAAACAUGAAUAAAACAACUGACAGCCUUUUUCCUAAA